AUGAAUGACUCAUUCCGAUCAUCAAAAGCGAACAGUGUAAGACUGUAUCAACCGAAUAAUCAACUGGUCAUCAUCGUUUCCAAAGCGCAAGACUUGCCAAACAGGAAAAAGCUUGACAAACAAUCCCCUUAUUGUGUUGCGCGAAUUCAGGAUCAAGUUCAGAAGACGAAGAUUAUACACCGAGGUGGUCAGAAUCCACACUUUGAUGAUGAGUUGUGGUUUUCGCUCGACAACGUUGAAGAAACGACCGUGAAAUUCAUCGUUUACCACCAAUUGAAAAAAGAUUCCGAACUUGUUUGUAAAGCCGACAUAGACUUCACACCUGCUCUCCGCAGAUCAUCCAAGGAAGGUUAUGAUAACUGGUUUUCUCUCAGCUAUAAUGGAAGGCCAGCAGGGAGAAUUUAUCUGGAAAUGACCUAUUACUCCUCGUCCAAAGAGGUACCCGCUCAUGUUGAACCUUUAAGCCAGCUACGAGUUUUUUCUUCUGCUCUAUCGCAUCCCCUCCCUUCUGCCCAACCAACGCGGUCAAGAAAACCUUCUGACUGUAAUGGUAUGAAGGGCAAGGAAUUGGCUAAUAGUGUUGAAGACCAAGAGGUAAAACGAGCAGGCAAGAUUUUGUGUAAGAGUCAGUCGUUCGAGACAGAGCAAAGCACUUUACAAAGGCUAGUUAAUAAUGCUUGGAGGUUAUCAUCUGCAUUCAAUAAACCUGUCACACGGGCGAGUGUAAUGGAGUUGGAUCUUACUGCCAGACAGCCUGGAGCACACUUGCUAGCACAUAAACUCUUUGAAGAUUCAAGUGAUGAAGAUGAUGAGGUCGAAUCAAGAAAUUAUCGAGGUAGGGCAAAAGAAAACCAAGUUGAGGCAUUCAGUAAUCCCAGCAAUAUUGAGUCAUUACAAGUGAGUAAAACCUUUUCAUCAAACUUGGCUUUCGGCUGGAACAAGCGAGAGAAUUCAGGUAGGAAUAACAUUGAACCUUCAAGUAAUUCAAAACACAUUUUUCCUCUGUCAGAUAGCAAGAAAGUUGCAGUCCGCGAGGUUGCCUCCGAAAUGGACCAAGAAAGUAUUGCACCUGAACCACCAUCUCAUAGAGUCCCUUUGACACAAUUGAAUCGUCCACCUUCCCCAGCUGGCUCUAAGAGAGCUUCUCACAAUCAAAGUAACGAGUAUUCGGGUUCCGAUUGUUCCUCCAGUCUGGAAAAAGACUACAAUAAAUGCAAAUCGAACCUCUCGUACUCACAAAUCAGAAAGCUUCAAAGCAAGCGAUAA